UGUCUCUUCCGCUUCUCACAUCGAAGUAUUCAUAUUUCGUCUUUCGCUCUCAAAAAUUUCAUCGGAAGCCUUUUCCCGCUACCGCGUCAAUGGCUCGUACUAAGCAAACUGCUCGUAAAUCCACCGGCGGUAAGGCUCCGAGGAAGCAGUUAGCGACGAAGGCCGCUCGGAAAUCAGCUCCUGCAACGGGAGGAGUGAAGAAGCCGCAUAGAUUUAGGCCGGGAACGGUGGCGCUGAGAGAAAUUAGAAAGUACCAGAAGAGCACCGAGCUUCUAAUCCGCAAGCUUCCGUUCCAGCGGCUCGUUAGAGAGAUCGCUCAGGACUUCAAGACCGAUCUCCGGUUCCAAAGCAGCGCCGUAGCAGCGUUGCAGGAGGCGGCAGAAGCCUAUCUCGUCGGAUUGUUCGAGGAUACUAACCUCUGCGCAAUUCAUGCUAAGAGAGUUACGAUUAUGCCGAAGGAUAUUCAAUUGGCGAGGAGAAUUAGAGGCGAGAGAGCUUAGAAACCCUAGAGUUGUGAUUCGCGUUCAGAAUGAAGGUUAGCGGUGUUGAUUUGCCAUUGAGGUAGUGUUAGAGAGCUUUAAAGAUGAAUCGGUGUUUAGAUUAGGGUUUUCUCCAUUUGGAUUACGAUGUUUCUUGGAACAGAACUGAAAAUUCUACUUGGGGAAGAACGGUGUAUUAUUUAAAUGAAAAGUAUCUGUAUCAACUUUGCAAUUC